UCAACAAUAACAAUGGCUUCCUUCAAGAAGACACUCACACGAGCAUACCAAAAAUCUAGCACCAAGGCUACCCCAGAUAUAGCCUACUGGAAGAAAUUAGAAUUUCCAGUGACAGUAAAGGAAUUUACAGCCAUUGAUUAUGUGGACGUGAGCCCUGUGGACCCUUACUAUAUUGCUGUUACAUCUGGCCCAAAGAUUGACGUUUACCACAGGCAAGCAACACAAGUGUGGCGAACUAUUACUAGAUUUCAGCGUUUAGCAUAUGGUGGAAAGUUUAAACAAGAUGGCCAACUACUCUUGGCUGGUUCAGAAGAUGGCCAGGUUAAACUUUUUAAUUACAAACAAAAGCAGCUUCUUAGAUUAUUUAAAGGACAUGAGGGGUUCAUCUCUGGUAAAAAGCUUAUCCUUGUUGGUCCUGAUUUUAUUCGGGCUGGAAUGGCAAGUCCAGCAUCGGAAAACAUCCUUCUCAGUGGUUCAUAUGACCACACAGUUAAGUUGUGGGACACACGUACAGCAAGCAGCGUCCUCACUGUCGACCAUGGGGCUCCAGUUGAGAGCCUUGUAUGUUUUCCAUCAGGCGGAGUUUUUGUUUCAGCAGGUGGUUGUGAAGUCAAGGUAUGGGAUGCCAUAGCAGGUCGAUUAUUAUCCCAAUUGUCACAGCACCACAAGACAGUCACCUGCCUCUCCUUUGCCAGUGAUAAGAAGAGACUUAUGUCUGGCUCUCUUGACCGUCAUGUUAAGAUCUAUGAUGUUGAAACUUAUUCUCUUGUUCACACAAUUGACUAUCCUGCACCAGUUUUAUGCAUGGCAGUUGCUCCUGGAGAUUCUACACUAGUGGUUGGAAUGAUUUCUUCAGGGUCUGGGCUCAUGUCUUUCCAGCACCGCCGCAACCCAGACACUACUACUGACUCUCUCUCAUCCAAGGAAAAAGCUGCAAAUAUUAGGAGCACACUGUCUGAAGAUCUUAGAAUAAUGCCUGAGGAUCAUGUUGUACAAUAUGCAGCAAAUGAUAAAUUGGCAAAAUACGAUAUAAUGUUACGCAAGUUUAAAUUCAGCACUGCACUGGAUGCAGCUAUGAAGAAAUUCAUUUGUAACAAAACACCAAAUGUUUCAGUUGCAGUGUUCCAGGCACUGAUAAGGUGUGGAGGAAUUAAGACUGCUGUUGCCGGUAGAAAUGUAAAGAGUUUAACACCUUUACUGACCUUCUUGAAAAAGUAUAUUCGGCACCCUGCAUAUAAACUAGUUCUUAUUGAUGUGGCAAAUAUCGUUAUUGAUGUUUAUAGUGAUACAUUGGAUGAAACUCCAGCGCUAGUCCUACCUUUUACACAGUUAAAGGAUGAGAUUGAAGCAGAAGUGCGCCUGAGUCGUGAACACAUCUCCCUAAUGGGUGCUCUUGAAAUGUUCUUCACUGCAUCAAAUCAAGAAAGACCUCAAGCAACAACCAGUAUUGAGCAAUUAACAGCCACAUCAGCUGUGUGUAACAGUGAUGUACUUCAAGCUCUUGAAGGAGGUUCAAGAGCCAGAUCUGCUGAAGCAGUUCUUGUAGAAGUUAGCUGAAAAGAUUUACUAAACUAAAAAAAAAAUCA